UGUGUGUGUGUGUGACGUAACCAGGGCUGGUUUGGCAACUAAAGAAAGGGGCGAGACAGAAGAGACACACAGAGCAAUAGAAGUGGAAAGAAUGGUAGAUUUGGUUAUUCUUCUGUAGCUCGUCUCCAGUCCUGGACUUCUUCUGUCUUUUCGGUGUUAAAGCGGGGUUUCAGUAGCAGGGGGUACUUGUGCCCACCGGUGCAGCAGGGAUGAACUGGUCAGGGUUGGAGAGUCUACUGAGCGGAGUCAACAAAUACUCCACUGCCUUUGGGAGGAUUUGGUUGUCCAUGGUCUUUAUUUUCCGCGUGCUGGUGUUCGUGGUGGCGGCACAGAGAGUUUGGGGCGAUGAGAGCAAAGACUUUGUGUGUAAUACCAGACAGCCCGGCUGUACCAACGUCUGCUACGACCACUUGUUCCCCAUCUCCCACAUCCGCCUGUGGGCGCUGCAGCUCAUCUUCGUCACCUGCCCAUCUCUAAUGGUGAUGGCUCAUGUUAAAUACCGCGAAGGAAAGGAUAAGAAAUACGCCGAACUGCACCAAGGCUCUCACCUGUACGCGGAGCCUGGCAAGAAGAGGGGUGGGCUGUGGUGGACCUAUCUGCUGAGUCUGGUCUUCAAAGCUGGCUUUGAUGUGUCAUUUCUCUACAUCCUGUACCGGAUAUACCACGGAUAUGAUCUCCCCAGGCUGUCCAAGUGUUCGCUGGAACCCUGCCCCAACACCGUGGAUUGCUUCAUUAGCCGUCCAACGGAGAAAAGGAUUUUCAUGUUGUUCAUGGUGGUGUCGAGUGCACUGUGCAUAUUCAUGUGCAUAUGUGAGCUGGUCUAUCUCAUCGGCAAGCGCGUCGUCAAAUCUUUGCGGGCCCAACAUGAGCGCGGGCUCAGCCCGUCGAGGUCGGGGCGUCGCAGGACGGAUCCGACGCUGGCGGACAGUCAAGUGGGUUUAAACACGAGAGACGCCACACAGCCUGGUUUAACCACAGCGCUAUAGGAUCCAGGAGGCACUGAGCCAUGGGCUGGUGUCUGAUGGAAGGCUGGACAACAGACACACGCUAUGUGACUGAUAACAGGCCGCAUCUUCCAAUCAUUUAUGACUCUCCGUUGGACGGUUCACCAACAACACCUGGUUGCACUUUAGAGGACACUAUUAAGAUAUUACGACUAGUAUAUUGCUAUUAUUACUUUUCAAGAUUUUGUACCAUGUUUGAUCAUUGAGUUACACCUCAGAGAGAAAACAUACACUUACUGGUUUCUGUUACUAUGUCGGAGGCAGGACUUUAGUCAACUCCAGCUUUAUAAAGUCCAAGACACUUUCAAGCCCAGUUUAGUUAAGACUAAAGCUUCUGUUUUGACAGUUAGGUUGGGAUCAGCAAGUCUUAUUUCAGCCACAUAAGUUCAAGCUUAAAGGCAAAAAAAGGCUGUUAGACUCGAGCAGUAAAGAAAUCCUUUAGUAUCAGUGUGGUCACAUAGGAUCAAGUUACUGUAGACUAUUUACUUAAAAUCUGGGAUUUACUCAUAUUUAUCAAAGCAAGUUACCGCAAAGUUUAUUUUGAGUAAUGAAGGAAAAAUAAAGUUAAUUUAAUAAAGAAUAAAACUCUUUCCAAAAGUAUUUGGAAAGUCCAGUAGUCAAGUCUGAGUCUUAGUUGAACACCAAAGACAGAGACAAAUUAGAGACUAAAACGGAACAUCCCUGGUUGUUUUGUUCUGGAAUAGGCUAAACCUUUUAUUUUUAACUCAUUAAUAACCACUGUUAAAAAACAUAUCAUGGUUGGUUCAAAUUUCAUAUUACAUUCAGCACUAGCUACAAUUAGUGGAUUGCUACUCUUAUCUACUACAGUAUGUUAAAGGGCUGCACUUGUCAAAAUAAAAGUUUGGGUUGUUUUAUAUUUAAUUUGAGAAUAGGAAACUUUGCACUUUCCUCUGUUUUGUUAUUUAUAUGUUUCUUUUGGCAAAACAUGUCCCCGUUUGUUGAUCUUAAAAUAAAACAGUGAAACUAGA